CACUAUUUUUAAUUGUGAUGGUAUAGAUUUUCCUAUAAAACUUAAAGAUAUAGAGAGGUUUGAAAUGUUGAAUAAUGUUUCAGUGAAUGUUUUCUCACUGCAAAUGGUUAAAAAUGAUGAUUUCAUUGUAGUUCCAUCUCGUAUCUGCAAAUCCAAAAUUCCACAAAGACAUGCCAAUUUACUUCUAAUUCAGAAUAUAUAUAACCAUAUUGAUGAUGGGAAAAAUGCUCCUAUUGAUGCCAAAAUAGAAUAUCAUUAUGUGUAUAUUAAGAACUUGUCGAGGUUAGUGUCGAAACAACUUAGUAAGUCUAAGAAAAAUAAGUUCAUAUGCGAUCAAUGUCUUAAUUAUUUCACUACAGAAGAAAAACUAGGGAAACAUAUCGAAUUGUGCUCGAAUCAUGAGCCAUGUCACAUACAGUUUCCAGAAAAGUCUCAUGUUAGUUUUACAAAUUACAGAUACAAACAGAGAAGUCCUUUUGUAAUGUAUUGUGACUUUGAGUCAUAUUUGAAACCAAUCAAUGAUAUAAAUUUGAGUUGUUUAAAGUAUCAAGAACACAAACCUAUCAGCGCAGGUUUUUAUUUGAAAAGUUCUUAUGAGGACAUUGUACCGUCAUAUUAUGAGAGCUAUACUGGGGUUGAUUGCAUGGAAUGGUUCUCGAAUAAAUUGUGUGAGAUUGCAGAUAGGUUAUGCAAAAUAAUUAAUCAUGUGAAACCCAUAAACUCAACUGGUUCACAUAGUCGAGUUGUAUGCCAUAUAUGUGAGAAAACAUUCAAAGCGGAUGAUAAAAUAGUCAUGGACCAUGAUCACUUUACUGGAGUGUGCCGCGGGUGGGCUCACAAUAGUUGUAAUCUCAAUUUCAAAAAGUCUUUUAUCAUACCAGUAGUUUUCCAUAAUCUAGGUGGAUAUGACGCACAUUUUCUUAUAAAGGAGAUUGCAAAACAGGGCCGCGUUUCUCUUCUACCAUUAAAUAAAGAAAAAUAUAUUAGUUUUACGAAAUAUGAUGAAAAUACUCAAAUACAAUUCAGGUUCAUUGACAGUUUACGUUUUCUCAACAGUUCGCUAGAGAAUUUAGCCUCAUAUCUUUCAUUGAAUCAGUUUAUUGAAUUGAAAAAACAAUUUUUCGACUAUAAUGAUGAUGCAUUCAAACUUUUGACUAAAAAAGGUGUGUUUCCCUAUGACUAUAUUAGUAGUGUUGAUAAAUUGAAUGAUACAUGUCUACCGUCCAUUGAGAAAUUCUACAACAAAUUGAAUUAUGAAGAGAUAAGUGAUGAACAAUAUCUACACGCUCAACUAAUAUGGUCCACAUUCAAUUGUCAAUCAUUGAAAGAUUAUAUGAUGUUAUAUCUUAAAACUGAUAUUAUGCUUUUAGCCGAUGUGUUUGAACAAUUCCGCAAUAGCUGUAUAAAAGAGUAUGAAUUAGAUCCUAUUCAUUUUUACACCCUUCCGGGUUAUACCUUUCAAUGUAUGCUUAAAACAACAAAAAUCAAAUUAGAAAUCAUUAAAGAUAUUGACAUAUUACUAUUCAUAGAAAACGGUAUAAGAGGUGGAAUAAGUCAGUGUUCAAACAGAUACUCUACGGCUAAUAACAAAUAUAUGGGGCCAAAAUUCGAUGUUAAUGAACCUGAAAAGUAUUUACUCUACUUAGAUGUGAAUAACUUAUAUGGUUGGGCUAUGAGUCAGUUUUUGCCAUAUGGGGGAUUCAAGUGGACAGACACAAAUAUAGAUAUUACACAAAUACCUGAUGAUGCUCCCGAGGGAUAUAUUUUAGAGGUUGAUUUGGAAUAUCCCGCCGAAAUACACGACAAGCACAAAGACUUGCCAUUCUGUGCGGAAUCACGUAUCCCACCUGGAUCAAAGUUGCCUAAAUUAUUAACUACCCUUUAUCAUAAAAAAAAUUAUAUCGUGCAUUAUAGGACGUUGAAACAAGCCUUGAGUCAUGGACUUGUUUUGAAAAAAGUCCAUAGAGUUCUUCAAUUCAAACAAUCUGCCUGGCUCAAAAUGUAUAUUGACAAAAAUACACAUUUGAGGCAGACAGCAAAAAACAAUUUUGAAAAAAAUCUUUUCAAAUUAAUGGUUAAUGCUGUGUAUGGGAAAACGAUUGAAAACGUCCGGAAGCAUAGAGAAGUUAAAUUGGUCAACAAAUGGUAUGGCAGAUAUGGUGCAAUGAAUUUGAUUUCUAGCCCUUUCUACAAGGAUAGAAUGAUCUUCGGAGAAAAUCUAGUCGCUAUUGAAUUGCAAAAGCGUUUAAUCACAAUCGAUAAACCAAUAUAUGUAGGAAUGUCUGUAUUAGACAUUUCAAAGGUUUGCUUGUAUGAAUUUCAUUACGAUUAUUUCCAACCUAAUUUCAAAGAAAGUAUAUUGAAUUAUGUAGAUACUGAUAGUUUAACUUAUGAGGUAUCAAAUCAAAAUCCCUAUGAGUGCAUAAAACGAGAUUGCUACACACGCUUUGAUACAUCUGACUAUCCUAAAGGAAAUCCAUAUGGAAUUCCUCAAGUCAAUAAAAAAGUAUUGGGUUUGAUGAAGGAUGAGAAUAAUGGUAAGAUUAUGACCGAUUUUGUAGGAUUAAGAUCAAAAAUGUACUCAUUUCGUGUUGAUAAAGAGGAAAUAAAAAAAGUGAAAGGCAUAAAGCGGAAUGUGAUUAAAAGCCUUUCUUUCGAUGACUACUUGAAAUGCUUGAUUGAUUCCAACACUAAAUUAGUAAGACAAAGAAAUAUAAUAUCUAAAUGUCAUGAUGUUUUUUCUAUUGAGCAGGAGAAAAUUGCAUUGUGUAGUAGAGACGAUAAAAGAUACAUCCUACCUAAUUCACAUUGUACUCUACCUUGGGGUCAUUAUCGAAUACCAUCAUCAUCCUAGAUUCCAGAGGGUGAG